CGCGGUCCGCCCGCCCGGCAGGCGGCGCCACCCGCGUGAACACUGGGGAAGCGGUCGCCAUGGCGGAGGCGGGGGACAGCGGCGGCUGGGCCGAGCGGGUGGGCACCGGGACCCCCCACAUUGCCCCGGGGCUCCCCGCUCCUUCCCCGGUAACGGCCGCUUCUCCCCCGCAGCUCCGCCGGGACCCGUUCGUGCACCGCCGGGGAGGAUCCGCAGGAGGCCGCGGUGACCAGAGGGACGACGAGGAGGAGGAGGAGGAGGAGAGAGUGGAUUCGGCGGAAACGUCGCUGCUGAACAAGCUGAUCCGCACGUCACUGGUGGAGUCGAGUCACCACGUGGAGAUCCUGCAGCAGGACCCCAAAUCCCCCCUGUUUUCCGUCAAAACCUUCGAGGAGCUGCCCCUGAAAAAGGAGCUUUUGAAGGGCAUUUACAUGAUGGGCUUCAACCGCCCCUCGAAGAUCCAGGAGACAGCGCUGCCCAUCAUGCUGGCGUAUCCGCCCCAAAAUUUGAUUGCGCAGAGCCAGUCAGGGACAGGGAAAACAGCGGCUUUUGUCUUGGCGAUGCUGAGCAGGGUUAAUGCCGCCGAGAAAUCCCCGCAGUGCCUCUGUUUGGCUCCCACCUACGAGCUGGCGCUGCAGAUCGGCCGGGUGAUCGAGACCAUCGGGCGGUUCUGCGCCGACGUGCGGGUGACCUACGCCGUGCGGGGAAACCGCGUGGUGCCAGGCACCACGCCGGCCGAGCAGAUUGUCAUCGGGACGCCGGGGACGAUGCUCGACUGGUGCUUCAAGAAGAAGUUGGUGGACGUGAAGAAGAUCAAGCUGUUUGUGCUGGACGAGGCCGACAUCAUGAUUGACACGCAGGGGCUCUCCUCCCAGAGCAUCCGCAUCCAGAGGGCGCUACCCAAGGGCUGCCAGAUGCUGCUCUUCUCGGCCACGUUCAAGGAGAGCGUCCGCGCCUUCGCCGUGCAGAUCGUGGCCAACCCCAUCGUCAUCAAGCUGCGCGAGGAGGAGCUGACGCUCAGCAACAUCCGCCAGUAUUUCUUCGUGUGCCGCGGGCGCGAGGAAAAGUACCAGGCGCUCUGCAACAUCUACGGCAGCGUCACCAUCGGCCAGGCCAUGAUUUUUUGCCCGACGCGGCGCAGCGCGGACUGGCUGGCGCUGGAGAUGAGCCAGGACGGGCACCGCGUCGCCGUCCUGACGGCCGAGCUGACCGUGGCCCAACGCGCCGACGUCAUCCAGCGCUUCCGCGACGGCAAGGAGAAGGUGCUCAUCGCCACCAACGUCUGCGCCAGAGGGAUCGACGUGCAGCAGGUGACCGUGGUUGUGAACUUCAGCCUCCCCAUGGACCAGAAGAACCAGCCGGAUUUCGAGACCUAUCUGCACCGCAUCGGGCGCACGGGCCGGUUCGGGAAACGCGGCAUCGCCUUCAGCAUGGUGGAGAGUGGCGACGUGGGGCUGGUGCUGCUCAUUGAGAAGCAUUUCCAGACCAAGAUCAAGCAGCUGGACCCAGAGAACAUGGACGAGCUGGAGAAGCUCGAAAAUUGAGUUUGCGAUGGGGAUUUGCUGCUUAGAAAUCCCAGUGUUGGUUCAAAACAGAAAGAGAAAACCUCCCGGUUUUGUGCUUUUAACUUCCAGCUGUUUGGGUUUGUUGUGAUGUGGGGGUGAAACCCUCAGGUGUAAUUAAAGAAUUUAUAAUUAUCA